AAAAAGUCGGCGCUCUGGAAAUCCCUGCCGAGGCGGCGGCGGACGAGGCGGCGGCGCGGUAGUUCCCGGUGCGGCGCGGUGCGGGAGCGGCUCUGCGCGGCUGCGCUCGCCCUGCGCACGUCGGGGCUGGGAGGCGGCGAGCGGCAGCGGCGGCUUGCGGGUCACGUCGGAGCCUUGAUUUCCCCCCCCACUUUUUUUUUUUUUAUUAUUAUUCUUUUUUUUUUUUUUUUUUGGGCGAAAGAAGCGAAGCUCUCGUUCGUCGUCGUGGGCUUCCUUUUGUUUUUUAGAGGAAUCCCGGCCAACUACAACAAGCUCGUGUCUCGACGGCGGCAGCAGCAGCAGCAGUGUCCGGGGGUGCUCCUGCGGGGGGGCAGGGGGUGCCUGCUCUGCGCCGCGGCUCGGCGGCUCUCUCCGAGGGUGAAGCGCUAAGGAUCUGCCUCUCCUUGGGCGCCUGCCUCCCUUAUAUCCCGCCGGCCGCCUGCAUGCCUAAUGAGAUGCAAAUGAGCAGCCCCCCAAUCUGGCUAGAGCUGUCACAAAGGAGCCACUUUUCCAAACCCUCCUCUCAAUGGAUCGCCAAAUGGCUGCUUUGAGUUUCAGAGAUCAACCAUGGGCAUUAAAGGCUUGCAGGGAUUUGUGACAAGAGUUUGUCCUGACGCCUGCAGAACAGUAGAUCUGAAAGAGGUGGCGGAAAAGCAUCGCAUCGAUCAUCCAGAUAUCCCGCCUGUUAUCGUAGUAGAUGCCAUGAGUUGUGUUAGGCACUGGUACACGCCAGAAUCCUGGGUGUGUGGUGGCCAGUGGCGGGAGUACCUUGCCAAUUUAGAGGCUUUUAUUAAAGCUUUUACAGCAGCUGGUAUCACACUGGUGUUUUACUUCGAUGGAGUGGUAGAAGAGAAGAAGAGAGAUGAGUGGAUCAAACGGAGGCGGCAGAAUUACAAGGAAAUAGCUGCACUGUUUCAGUUUGUCAAGACUCACAGGAAACAACCGGGGAGAGGAAUGUUCGUUCUUCCCUCAGCGUUGCCUACUUUUACACGGUAUGCCCUGAAGUCACUCGGUCAAAAAACAGUGUGCACGUUGCAGGAGGCAGACUUUGAGGUGGCUGCGUAUGGUUUGCAACAUAACUGCAUAGGAAUUCUUGGGCAAGACAGUGACUACCUCAUCUAUAAUACGUCUCCCUAUUUUUCCAUUGAGAAGCUCUGCUUGGACAAACUGGUCACUGUUAUGUACUGCAGAGAAGCUCUUUGCCGUGCGUUGGGUCUUAGUAUGACACACCUCCCUCUCUUUGCUUGCUUGCUUGGCAAUGAUGUUGUUCCAGAAAGCUUGUUGGAAGGCUUUUGGAGUAAAUGUUUAGCCACCUGUCCACCCAAGAAUAAGAGCUACAACAGAAGAACAAACGUACUUCUGGCUGUAGCAAACUACAUCUCGAGAGUUCCAUGCUCGUACAGCAGCCUGAAACACUUGGAAGAGAUGCUGCCUUUGGGAUCAGACAAGACAUUACUUCUCAAAGGAAUGGAGUCCUAUCUUUUGCCUGGGCAGCAGUCUCCAUGGAUUCCUCCCAGUGCGGGACAUCUCAAAACGUUCUCAGAUGUAGGAGAAACAGCCAUGUGUCAAGAUAAGGAAAUCUUUCAGUUAGCUAAGGAACAACACAUCCAAUCUGAAAAUUACGUAAUCUUCAAUAUCCUGAGUAAUGGAGUGAUUGAGUGCAGCAACUCUUUGGAAGAUGAUCGCGAUACAGAGAUUCCUGGACAGGCACUCAUCUUUCGCCCUGCUCGUCAGCAUGUUUAUUCUGUGUUGUUGGAAUCUGGAAAAGGUGGAGCCUGUCCUUCUGUGAAAGAGUGGUUUGUCUAUUUUGGAAAUCCUCUGCAGCAGCCAGAGGUGAUACAACCUGUGCAGCCUCCUCUUCCAGGUGGAACACCUAAUUUGAAAACACUGUGGUUUGCCAAGGGACCUGAAGUGGAAAAGCAACGGUACAGUACAUUUCUGGCAUGCUUUCAUCUUCAGGAUUUGAUGGAAGAGCUCCAAGCUCUAGAAGCACCUGUUGCAGGAUUCUGCUGCUUGGUGGCCUAUCUAAUGCUGCAGGUCCAUAGCCUGUCUCUGGAAGACUUAAAUGCAUUUGUGGCUCUCGUUCUCUGCCUCAGAGGAAAGUCAGCAUCUCAGCUGGAGCGUUUGCAGCUUAUGGAAGUGGACUCCAGAGCUGUACAUCUUGGUGCUGUCUUUAUUCGUGGCCUUACAACAUUGCUUAUGGCCAAUAGUGCCUGUGGCUUUCCAUUCAGAAUGGAUGACUUGAUGCCUUGGAAAGUGUUUGAUGGAAAACUUUUUCAAGAAAAAUACCAGCGGUCACACCAAAGUUGCUCUGUGGAGGAGCUUUUGGAAGGCAAUGAGUCUUUGUACACACCCUUCCAGAACCUGAAGUCACUCAUUUGCAAGGCUUGCAUGGCGAAGAAAAGAACAAUACAGAGCAGACCAAGAGGGAAGGGACUUGUCACAGGAACACAGCAAAGAGAAUUUAAUCCCAGGUUCCAACAAGCACACAGAAGUUCUUUUGUUCCUCCAUAUCAUAAUCAGAUGAGGGGGUUCCUCUGGAGAAGUCCUCAACCACAAGGUAGAGAAUAUAGAUCGGGACAUCCAGACCGGAGGAGAAGAUUCCACCUUCCUCCUUGGUCGCCCAGAUGACCCUACUUAUUACUGGAAGUGAAUGAAAAUGGAUAAGAGAACAAGAUACGUUUUUAUGAAAGGCUAUAUGCUGAAGAUCACAAAAACUUUCAGUAAUGGUGGUGGGAAGGCUCUAAUCAGAAUUUUAUCAUGCAUCGUUUUCAGUUAGGUUUUAUUUUAUAUACAUUGUUUUUGUAGACUAUUGCUUACUGGAGUAAAUUAUGGAAUGUAGCAAAACAAUUCUUAUGUAUUUUAGGCUUCAUACAGUAUUGUUUGGAGCACUUUAUAAAAAUGUUAUUGACACAGUUAUACAAUGAUUAAAAAAUUUGUAAUAAAAAAAUCAUGCCUAAAAAGCAGAAGCCAGUCCUAGGUGUUAAAAGGCUGCAGAAAUUUAAUUCACCUAGUUGUAUUGGCAAAACUGUUAUGCCUCUUCUGUUAAAUCUUUAUGCUAUAUGAGGAUGAAAUUGCCCAGUCUUGAACAACAACAAAAAAGUAUUUUUAAAGUGUUUACAUUAAUGUCAGGGUUAAAAAAGUCAUACUUUUCUGUAACCUGACUUACUUUCAUAGGUCCUCAGUCUCAGAAAAUGAGAAAAGGGUAAAAACACUGCUGAAACACUCUAGAUUAGUUUUGAAAUCAGUUUAUAUGUAUAAAACUGCUGCAGCUGUCCUGUUCUUUGGGGCCUUUCAGAGCUGAGUCAAAUACAUAGUCCUCUUUUAGAAUACCUAGAAUUCUCCUCCGUAUGCAAUGAGUCAUUUUUGAAACAUUUAAGGUUUAUGUCAGACCUUAAACCUAUCUUUAGAUAGCCUCAAAAUAAAAGUGGCAGUGUGAGCCUCUGGCCAGUGUGACUUUGGCAGAAAUUCUAAAUUAAGAGAAAGCUAACAGUCACGUUGAAUGCACUCAUGUUUUUAUAAGUGACAGCUAUUUGAAGCACACGUGUAAAUUUUUUUCUCUGUUGACAACUUUGAUACCUUUUUUACAGAUAUUUGUGGAGCCACGAUUUCACUCUAUACUAGAUAGUCCUGAGAGAUACAAGUAAAUGGACAGACAGAGUACAGGUAGGGCAAUCAGGUAUCUCCUGUUGAUUUUCACUAGUCUUACACAUCACACAGACUUUCUUAAUACUUUUGAGAUGUGUGAUUUUAGAAUAGUACAUAAUCAUGCUCAAAUGUCUUCAGAAGUGUUUAGCAUGUGGAAAACAUGCUAUUUUUAUAUUCCAAAGAGAAAAUUUAGCUCUCAUUUUGAAAUCUAUUUUCAUAAGCAGUACUAUAGCUAUUUCACAACUUAGAUUUAUCCUUAUGGUAUAGUGAUUACUAAUGUAAACUCUGCUGGUUUUAGUCCAUUAUUGCUCAGUUAAUGUAUUUUCUUAGGCCUUGUGCAGGUAAUUUGUUUGAGCCAACUGUCAGUGGAAUUUAAUUCCUAUUUAGUAUACAUGUUAUGUCAAAGUGAAUAGUAUUGUCAGAUGUAUAUAACUUGAUACUAUUAUUUUCUUGUAUUAUUUCCUUUUUCUGUUUGUAGCACAGUAAAUAUAUUCUUUCAUACCCUGCAUGUAGCAACAGUCCAUCUAAACAAAUAAAUUGGCAGCAACACAGAAUUUCUAACUCUAUGAAAAAUGUGAGCAGACACAAUUUUUACAUGAUGCAGUGUCUGAUAUGCGUUGUAAGGAUCCGGUUGUGAUAGGGAUAUUCCCGCUUCCUUUUUAUCUUGAUUUAUAACUGACUGUAAUUGUACUGCCUCUUUUUUUCCUUUUUUUUUCUUUCCCCAAAACCUUUUGAAUGGUGUGGUCUGAAUUUUAUGGAAAGUUCUUUAGUUUCAGGAAUCUUGUUUUGUAUAAUGGUGUAUUUGAAAAGAAUGUCACCGUGUGCCAGAAUUUGCUAGUAAUUUCUCCUUUAGGUUCUGAUAUGGGGAAAGAUUUCUGUUGGCCUCAAUAAAAUUAAA